CAUACGUAUAUUUCCUUAAAAUAAAGUAAAAAUAUACCUCAAAAUCUAUACCUAUAAAUAUGUAUAGUAUUGCGCUUAGGUCAUUAUUGAGCGAGCGUGAGGAAAAUUUGAACGUGAAAGUGCUCAGGAGGCGAUUAAAGGACAAUUCCAACCCUUUGGAGCUAAGUGAUUCAAUGUUUUGGCAAUAUUACAGGCUAAACAAGCGGGCAUUUAAGUACUUGCUAGAUGUCCUUACUAACUCCUUGCCACCAUUGAGGCAGAAAUUCGGAAUUCCCCCUAUUGUAAAAUUGAGCGCAUGUUUGCGAUUUUUCGCAGAAGGAGGGCAUCAAAAAGGCAUUGGGAAGGACCAUGAAGUGGGUCUAAAAGUAUAGGGUACCACUUACCCCUUAAGGACUUCAAACUUGAUUUAAUUUCAAUACAUCCGGUUCAGCCUCACCACCUACUCUUGGAACCAAAAAUAAAAAUUAAAAGCUAGAGUCCGCAUAAAGAAAAACAAACCGUAUGUAGAUCCAAGCCUACGAUCCUCGUCAUCCCACCAACCAGUCAGAACAACCUUACGUAGAUGAGCGUAAUGCAGCAAGCCACCAAAGAAGGACUCAGUGGGUGUGCUCAACUUGUAAUGUGCCACUUUGCCUCAGCAAAACAAAAACUUAUUUCAAUGAGUUUCAGAAGUAAUCCUCGCACUCUAUGCGCGAUGGUAUAAAAGUCA